AUUUUGGGCGCUGAUAAUGCACUAAAGGUUACCUGUAGAAUAGGGCUACAGCAGGUUAGAUUAUCGACAGAGGUCUUUUUGAAGGGUUCGGUCAUGUGCCCUGAGUGGCGCUUGCGUAUCUACCAUAUGUAGUAUCGGAUCGAUCCGAUAUGUGUCACACCAGCAGGAACUGAGCUCCGAAAUCAGGUCGUAUGCAGGCUUUGGGGUAUCACAAGUGCACCAUCCUCUGAAUAAAUCAACGGAGCUACUCCGAAAAAGGUCUUUCUUAAUCCUAUUCAAAGUCAGCUAACUAGUUUCAUCUAUUUUCAAGUUAUGAUCUAAGCACCCAAUCUACACCUACGAAAUCCCAAGAUAUCUACCUACUUUGACCCAUAGGUCCUUGUUGUACAGUUCGUCUGACAUGGCCGUAGCUGAGGCUUACCCCACUAUUGCCCCAGGCGAUCAUAAGGCAUUCAUGGAACAUGCUCUCGAUGCAGCACGACGAGCGCCAUCCGGACCUGACAAAUUCUGUGUGGGCGCAUGUCUAGUUGAUGAAGACACUGGCAAGAUUCUUUCGACGGGAUAUUCACUAGAACUACCUAGUGACAGACCCGGGGACCCGGGUCGGGUCCACGCCGAACACUGCUGCUUCGUCAAGAUCGCUGAUCAACAUGGUGUCGAAGAAACGCGCAUCGGCGACGUCUUACCGACAAACACUGUUCUGUACACCACCAUGGAGCCUUGCAACAGUAGAUUGACUGGGAAUAAGCCGUGUGUGGAGAGGAUUCUAGGUCUGAGUGGCGCUAUAAAGACAAUCUACGUUGGAAUCAGGGAGCCGGACACAUUCAAAGUCGUGAAUUCCGGUCAGCACAGAUUGGAAAAGGCGGGCAUCAGAAUGGUUUUUGUGGAAGGGGAGGGGUUACAGGAUCGGAUUCUGGAGGUUAGUAUGACAGGGCAUGGGAAAAAGCAAUAGAAAGGGCCUAGGCACCUAGCUAGGUACCUGUUAAAGCUAUCAAUUUUGAGAAAGAUCGCCUGUAUUUGUUGUGUAUAGCGCAUCUUACGCCUCUGGACCUAA